UAUAUAACUGUCGUUAAAUGAUAAUUCAUUUUACAAAUGCAAUUAAGUAUACAAGCCUAUAGAAGGUUGAAACUCGACAUUGGAAUUGUAUAAACCGAUCUAUUAAAUAAAAAUCAGCUGUUAUAACGGUUAACGGUUAAAUAAUGUGUUAUAUUAUGCCCAUCUCUUAUAACGGUAUAUUUGGUGACCUACUUAUGCAGUGCAGUGUGACGUCACAGAAUUUGCCGGAAUUUCUCUGCCCUUUUCACCCCCAACGAUAGCACUUCUCGUUUUCGAGUGUUUGUUUUUUUUAAUGCUAGUGAAAGUUUGGCAAAUACAUAAAUAACAACAUUAAAUUAUAAUAUUCACACUAAACUAGAAAAAAAAAUGUGCAAAAAAUAACCGAAAAUCCAAGAUGGCGGGUACUAGAACACAAUCCAGUGAGCCGCCGCGCUCCACCGCGUACUACUACGCAGAUCUAGAACGAAUCAAGAAGAAGAACGAAGAAAUCAACCAUCCCAUAGAAGAGAGUGAUUAUGUGGAGACAACAGAAGUUGUUAACGAUGAACCUGUGGCUGAAGUACCACCAUUACGUGACAGAAGAUACCAAGACAGGAAAAUGGAAGAGAGGAAACUGGAAGAGACAUAUUCAACAGCUGGUACAUUUCCUAUGCCAGAACCUAAGGAAAAGGAACCACUUCUAGCUGAAUUGGAAGUAGUCGGUCGACUUCCUUUAACUCAACUGGAUUCAUCCUCUGGAGUGAGAAGGAGUAGGAGUUGGUACUUAUGUUGUCCUAAUGUUGGAGACGAGGAGAUUUCGAGGGAGUCUUCUUGGAGAUAUUCUAGUUUGCGUCCUGUUACAGCUCCCCCUAUAGCCGGACAGAAUGGCUUGCAUUUGAUAGCAACACAAAGCAGUGGUGCAGACGACAUAAUAACUCUGCGCAACGAAAGAGAUGCACUCGCCCGAGCCCUCGCGGCGGAGAAGCAACGUGCGGCAAAUGAAGCCAGAGCUCAUGAUGCGAGGCUCGCGGAGCUGCACGGAGUCAUAGCAGAGCUAGUGAGACGCCGGGCUCAGGAUAAGUGCGCGAGGGCAAUACCAGAAGAAGAGCAAGAGGUGUCAGAUGAAUGUGAGUCGACGACACAACCAGCUGGUGAACUGGAUAACGACGCUGACAGAUCACGCACAGAUCAAAACGAUACAUCAUCACUAAGUCCUGCCGAACUUGGCAGUCCGCGGCAGGAGCAGGAACAGGAGCAGGAGUUGGACACAGACAGCAGCACGCAGGAGUUACCUGCCAGGUCAGAGCAGCAGCACGCAGAGAGCGCCCCUCCCACAGACACUGGAGACCCCAGUGUCAACUACUCUGAGCGGGACUCAGAGAUUUGUCUCACCACUGCUAGAUGUUGUCAGUUCGCUCGAGGAGCACAUUUGUCAGAGAGUUGUCAUGUACCUGACGGUCUGCUGCCGCCAUCACCAGGUCGAUGUGAAUCUCGACAAGCUAAGCUCGCCUCCCGGGUUCGGUUGCGUCGCGCCACUGACUCUGACUCCACCAACCAGCUCAGUAACGACGAGAGUGGUGUAGUUGGCGGAGAGUCGCGUCUCCCGGGCGCGCUGCUGCCUUGCGAAGAUAUUUACCACGAGGAGGCGAGUGUUGCGGGUGAGGUGGGUGCGGUGGGGGCGGCGGCGUGGCGCGCGCGAUGUCUGCGGCUGCAGGCUGACUGCCGCGUACUCGACUGUGCACUCGCACGAGCACUCGACACCGCGCACAGGUUGUCGUGCGCGUGCGCAGCUCAGGAGUCCUCCAUGGUGGCGCUCUGCAGCGCGCUCAGAGCUGCUGACCGCGCCCUCGAGACAUACGACGUGCUCCUCGCCCUCGCCGAAACACAACCUCCCCACCCUCACCCCCACCCCCACCCCACUCGGCACGAGAGGGAGGCUGCGGAGACAGUGGCGCGCAGACUGCUCGCGCGGCUGGAGGCGGCGCCAGCACUCGGCGAGCCUCUCCUCUCGCCCGGACCCUGGCUCUCCCCGCACCACCACCACCAUCAUCACCAUCACCUCCACACACCUAGUGAUGAAGAGGGCGAGGGGGAGGAUGUGGGCGGGGCGAGCGCGGGGGCGUGGUCAGCGGAGCAGGAGGCGCGGCUGCGGCAACACGCGGCGCGACUCAAGACUGACACUGUGGCGCUGCGAGCUCUCCCCACACCGCCACAACUCUUCACAUAUCAUACCGAUGACGAGGAGGGGUUAUCAAAGUCAGGUGUCAGUAUGGCGGAGAUGGAAGCAGCUGUCAUGAUGCAGGAGCUGCUGUCGGUGCAGGAGACGCGCGCGGCGGAGCGUGCGGCCGCGCUGCGCACCGACACCACGAGUGGUUCGUGUCGCAGCAGGAGAAGAAAGGAGAGAGAGAGACACUGGCUCGACACGCGCGCUUCCGAGACAGAUCUCUGAACAUAUAGGAAGGGGAGGGGACACGUACCGUGCACUGUGUCCUCUCCCCUGCGCUGAAGUAACGCAUGCGGUUCUCCUGAUGUUGCUGACUUAUUCAUUAAGAAACAAUUCAGUCAAAUAGAUGAUUUGAGAUGUAAAUGAUAGUUGGAGAUGACGUCAUAUGUACAAGUGUAGUAUAUAACGUGCUAUGUAAAUGUGCGCGCGUCUCGCUCAGCUGGGGGCGGGGCAUCGCAUGGGGGCGUGGUCACUACGUACUCGAAGUAAACUCACACCUUUUAAUUUUUAUUAAAAUACUGUUAGUUUAUGAAAAUAUUUAUAAUACUUGUUAAUGUUUUCUUGUAUAUAAA